AUGUCUGAAACUACCUUUGGCCCACAGCUUCUUCCACAUAACAACCCCCCUCAACUUCAGAUCUUGAUCUCGAAUUUAUCCCACAAUAUCCCAAUUACUGUAUUUCUCAACUCCAACCCAUCCCUGCCAGAUGCCUUCGAAACAAAGCUCAUAUCUGCAUGGCCAAAUUUACCAGAGUCAGCCCGAAAUUCCGCACUACAGAAGAUCUUGAGGACUAUUCAGGCGCACUACCCAGUGUAUCCGCCGCGUUUUUCCCUGUCCCCGUUCCUCCACACUCUCCCUGGGAGUGGGGAGCUGGUAGUGGAAGAAAAAAUUGAUCCCAGACUUAUCCAGAAACUGCAGUUACCAGAAGAGAUAAUCCCAGAAAAUACAUGCACAAAACCAAAGCUCUACCCGAUAUCUUCCCUGCACUCCUGUCCACUAUCUCAAAGCUCACCGCGAUCAUGGUCCUCCCAUAUCCAACUCGUCACGCUUUCUCCAGCUUCAAAAAAGAAGUACAUUGCCAAGGGCCCAACGAACAACUUUUCAGAGCUCAGAAACCUCCUGUCCCUCCCUCCACACCCGAACAUAAUCUCCCCACCCCAUGGACUCAUCACAGUCUCGCCAACCGACCAUCGAGUUGUCGGAUUCCUACUCGAGUACUACCCCCACGGCAACCUCGACCAUCUCUGCUCCACCCUCACACCCAGACCACCACCAGAAAGACUCUGGAGCUGGGGCCACCAACUAGUGAACGCGCUCCACUGGCUCCACAUCGAGCAAAAGUCCUUCCAUGGCGAUAUCAAGCCCGACAACAUCAUCGUCCACCCCUCACCCUCGGGCGAGGAGCGGUUGGUACUCAUAGACUUUUCGCAGGACGAGUCAACUGCUGCGACUGCGCCGCCGGAAGCAAAAGGUGGAUUCCCGAGGACGUGGAGCGGCGAGGCGUUGGAGAGGGCGGAUGUGUAUGCGCUGGGGAGGACGCUGUAUAUUCUUACCAAGGGGCUGAGUAUGAAUGAGCUCUAUAUGGAGCUGUUCAGAGACAUCAAUUUUGUGUAUAAGACGGAUCUUGAGGGCAUUGAUGGGCCGAUUAGAGAUGUAGUGGAGAUGUGUACGCGGAGAGAUCCGGCGGAGAGGCCGGGGCUGGGGGAGUUGAAGAAGAUCUUUGAAGGUGGGGAUGAGGGCAAGAUGAAGAUGGGAUUGGCGAAGAGGCAGGGGUGGAGUGUGGUGAGGAGUGCGGUGAAGAUUAGGGUGGGUAUGGGGAAGAAGGUGAGUGGGACCGCGAGAGGGAGGCUUGCGGAAAUGGUGCAAAGCGUUGUGUGUUGGGGAAGAGGAGGGUAA